AUGGAAGUUCAACAGAUGUUUGAGAAUCUACGGAAGGAAGCUGAGUGUGCACUGUGUUUAGAGACAGUCAACAAUCCCAAGACUUUGCCAUGUCUUCACUCAUUUUGCCUCGAAUGUCUCGAAAAACGUGCAGGCUUUGCAAGAAAACAGCUGCAAACAAAGGUUAAAUGUCCGGUUUGUCAGACAUCACUAGAAAUCCCUGAAGGAGACACCUUUAACAACUUGCCCUCAUCUUUCCGUCUCAAAAAAUUGGUGGAAUUACUUGCUUUAAGAGAUCGCAGUGUAAGGGCCCAGAAAUGUAGCGACUGUGAUGAAAACAAUAUCGCAUCCUCAUACUGUUUCGUGUGCCAGAACUUUCUCUGCACUGCUUGUUUUGAGGCUCACCAGCGCCUAAAGAUUACCAGAGGUCAUCGCAGUGUUGUGAUAGAGAAGUUGCAAGCGCCAGAUGUUCAAGAGUUUAUCAAUAGACCAAUCAUGUGUUCAAUGCAAUAUCACGAGAAUCAACCGCUGGAAUUUUAUUGCUUCGAAUGUAAAAUUCCAAUUUGCCUUAAAUGCAGUGUUGUGAGCCAUAAUCGACACGCCAUGACAGACACUCGGAAAGUCGCAGAAUUACAGAAGAUGCAAAUGAAGGAUGCUUUGGAGAAAGUGGAAGCGUUGACUGUUAUUUACGAGAGAGAAAUAAAGAAGCAAACAGAGGUGAUAGAAAAAAGCAGAAACGAAGUUAUGACUGCAGAAAAAAAAAUGAUAGGCGCUGUGGAAGAGUGCAUUCAUCAGUUGCAGAAGCAUGAGAGCACUAUGAAGGUCAGGUUUGCUGAAAUUUAUGAGGCGCAACAAAAGUAUUGCAAAACUCGACUAGAAAACUUUGAUUUGUUUCUUACUCAACUGAACAGUUGCGUUGAACGAGGUGAGGGCAUCGUACAAAGAAAGAUCAGUGCUGAAAUUCUUCAAACACACCAGGCCUUUAUUGAACACUGUGAAGAACUUCUGAAGGCAAGAAAACCUGACAUUUACAAACCUUCACACGUGCAUUACAUGGUGGAACAGAAAGGGUCCAUUUUGGAUCGUAUUGUGGUUAGUAACACAGAUCCCUCGCUGACGUUACUAGAAGAGGAGGGCCAGAAAGAGAAAACAGAAAAAGCAGAAGCAACUUUUACCAUUGUAACAAGAGAUUCGGCUGCCCUGCAGUGUUAUAAUGAAGACGAUCAAAUAAAAGUCAGCAUUUCAACUCCAACAGGUGAUCAACUGCAAACAGAGAUAAAAGACACCAAAAACGGCAAGUACACAGUAACAUACACACCACAGUGCGUUGGACAACAUAGAGUAGAGAUCCAAGUAAAUGGACAACCACUGACUGGUAGUCCCUGGUUUGUUCAGGUGAUUCCGCGUCCGUAUCAAUUUUUGUUUCAAUUUGGAUCAAAAGGGAAAGAACAAGGGCAGUUUAAUAGACCUUUCUUCAUCACCGUAAGUGACAAAACUAGUAGGAUUGCAGUGGUUGACUUUGACAAUAAAAGAACCCAGAUUUUUAGCUUUGAUGGAAAAUUCCUCGGUGAAAGGCCUUUCUUUUUCGUAUUCACUGGAUCUAAUGGCGAAUUUUUCUUUCUCAAUGAUGACAACAAUCAGAUUUCCCUGUGUGCUGAAGAUGGUAAGCUCAUAAGGAACAUUGAUCGGAGACUUUUUAAGACAUUCACUUACAUCGUUUGUGGAACUGAUGGCCAUUUGAUUACAUGUGAAAAAGACGACAAAACGAUCAAAGUUUUAACCUCUGACUGGAAACACGUACUAAAUUCCUUCAAUGCUCCGGAUUGUGACGCAAAGCCGUGGUGUGUCGUUCUUCACCACAAGAAAUUCUUUGUUUCUUAUCCAAAAGCUAACCGUGUCAUGGCAUUUGACGGAAUUAUUUUAAUAAGCGCCGCGGCGCUUUCACACAGGAAAGGGUGCCCACUUUAGAGCCCGAGUUGCAAGAUCUCAACCUUAUACUCGCUCUAAUUCUGGCGUAGGUACUCAGGUACCGUUUCUGGGCAUCAAUUGUGAACGCUGCCUUAAAACCAACUGUUCUAAGACCUAGCUAGUUUCAAAACAAGAUUACGGUACUCGUACGUAUACUAAGUUACUCCAACUGUUUAAAAUACAUGGCUGAUUUCGAAAAAUGUGAAUGACAGACAUAUCAACCUGUCAAACUUCUAUAAAUAGACACGUUUUCUCACCAAAGUCUUUGGGAUACCAUAGAGGGGUAAGGCAAGGGCCCCCUGUUAGUCCAUAUCUAUUCAUCCUUGUGGUACUGAGUAGAAAGCUUUCAUAAGAUUGUCCAAAAUCCAAGAUGUAUAUUCAUUGAGCUAGUAUAUCAUCAAGAAGUCAAAAUCUCAGAUCACAAACAACUAUUAAAGAUUUGGCCAUUUCACCAUAAGUGCAUAGCAAUUUGUGGCUAAGAACAAAAUGCUGUAGUUCGUUUUUUAUUUAAUUUAGAAGUACUUCAAAAGAUCUAAGUAGAAUUCUAGGAGGAAAAAAGUGCAUGAUUCUUAAUUAUUCAAUAGGCUAUUUCAGUUAUAUCAAGAAAUAAACAUUGAAAAGAACUUCCUCAGCAAGAAUAUUGAAAUUGAAUUAAUUUUACAGUGUUCUAGAGACCUUACCUCUUACAGCCAAUCUUUACUAGAAAAAACAUUAGAGGUUUCACAAAAAUUGCAGAAGUCCAUACUACACUGUCUUCUUUUUCGGGAAAUGUUAAAAAAAAAUAGCAAAGGGACUGUCUUUAGGUUACUUUCUUGAAAAUCUAAUUAUGGAGUAGUAAUUAUAAUAGAAUAAUAGAAUAAUCUAUAUUAUGCUUUGGUCGUUAUAGAUGGCUGAUGUUACAAUCUAGUUUAUGCCGGAAAAUCAUGUGCAAGCUAGGAAGCUAAAUGAACCAGCUGUUGUUUUUCUUGUUAGCUCCCUCAGCUAUUUAGGUACUAGGUUGAAGCUAGCUGGUAAAAAUCAAUCAAUGAAUCAAUAAAGUCAAAGAAGAGCAAAGAAGGAAGAACUUAUUUACAUGAAGUAUGUUGUUUCAUUGGCAAGAAGAAAAUGAUUUCAUUUCAGUGUUCUGACUUUAUUGUUGAGUUGAAGUUCUCCAAUGAAAAGUACUUCAGUGACUCUUUUGUCGAUAGUUGUUGGAACCAAACUUCAUUACAUCACUUUUUCAUUACGCUUUGAAGAUUUGAUUUAGCUAAGCACUGUUAUAUGUAUUUUUAUUCCUUUUGUUUUGGUGUUACCUCAAGCUGAUUGUUGUGAUCUGAUGAAAGGUAGAUAUUUGCGCCAGCAAAGAGAGCUCUACGGCCAAAUUGCAUUUUUGUUAAAGGGGCCCUGUCACGGCAGUCCAGUUCAUUUUGUUUAAUUUUGCCAAUUACUCGCCCUCAAUCGCUACGGAACUUAAAGUAAGCAAAGAAAUUACAUGUAAAUGACAAAUUCAGAGAUCCGAGACAAACAAAUAUGUCUCCUGAGCAUUAUUUUUGAAGUUGCAAGCAGCAGGGAUCAACUUUGAAAAACUGUUAGGCUGAAGAGUUUUCAAAAAUCCUAAUUUCAAUCCGUUUCAAUCUUUUUCAGUUUUGCCCAUCCGUGACAUCUGUUGUUUUUGUUAUGCUAUUUUAACCUUCCUUUAAAAUUUUAAGCGGUUAUUUUUAUGUUUCUCUUAAUUUAACGAGAAUUUUGUAAUUUCCUAAUUUGGCUGGACUUUGUUUCCUUCUCGACUUAGUAACACCACGGACCGAAUUUCUACAUGUAAACCCAACGAAAAGUAGUUCCGCCUUUCGGGAUCUCUCUGGUGCUAGGAUCUUUCUCCCUCCAUGGAAUACAGCUACCAAGGUCAGGGUUUUAGUCAUUGGGAGGGUCCAUUCUGUGUAUCAUUCAAAAGAUAGUAGAAAGAAGAACAUAGUCUGCGUCGCAGACGUAAUUUAACUCAGGUUAGUAACGUUAGCGAAACAGUGCCGAGAUCCUGUUCUGAUCCCCCAACGGAUAUCAAUCAAUCACCAGAGGUGCGUUUCCAAGUUCCUUUCGUCCUGAUUGGUAAAUCGACAAUGGUUUUUUUAACGAACCAAUCAUGGCGCGUUUUCAAAUUCUGUUACACAGGUGGGGGCCCAGAACAUGGACUGUUUGGCGCUUUUUGUCAGGCGGGCUUAACCAGAGUUUAGUUUCGUCUGUGGGGCAGGCUAAGAGAAGAAAAUCAAUUACUUUCGACUCAUAUUAAAGAGUGGUUUCUGUUCGGUUCAGUUACGCAGUGGAUUUCCAUAACUACCCACUAAAGGGGAGAGGGACACUCGCGCGACUAUUUGGCUGCGAUGCACUCAGCUGUGCAUUUCCAAGCAUUGUUCAGCCCCAGUCGCAGUUGGCUGGUUAUGCAUAUAAAAUUUGCCGCUCCCUCAUUGCCCUGCAUGUUGCAAGCGCUUUAGCUGGAAAAUGGAUAUUCGUCAACUCUUUGCCAGCCUUAGAAAAGAGGCUGAAUGCCCACUUUGCUUAGGAACGGUCAACAGUCCCAAGACUUUGCCUUGUCUUCACUCAUUCUGCCUCGAGUGUCUCGACAAACAUGCUGGCUUCGCAAGAAGACAGCUACAAGCGACAAUCAAAUGUCCGGUUUGUCAGACAUCUUUUCAAAUCCCUGAAGGAGACUCGUUCAAGAACUUGCCCACAUCUUAUCACCUUAACAGACUGGUGGAUGUUCUCGCAUUAAAAGGUGGCAGCGAACAAGCCCAGAAAUGCAGCAGUUGUGAUGAGAACAACAACGCAUCCUGUUUCUGUUUUGAGUGCCAAAAUUUUCUUUGCACUGCUUGUGUUAAAGCUCACCAACGUUUGAAAAGCAGCAGAGGUCAUCGCAGUGUUAUGAUUGAGAAAUUGCAAGCGAGAGAUGUGGAGGAAUUAAUCCACAGACCCGUCAUGUGUUCACAGCAAUACCACGAAAAUCAACCGCUGGAAUUUUAUUGCGAUGAAUGCAAAGUUCUCAUUUGCCACAAGUGCAGCGUAGUGAGCCAUAAUCAACACACCAUGACAGACAUUCAGAAAGCCUCGCAGUUACAGACGAUGCAGAUGGCGGAGGGUUUGAAGAAAGUUAAAGCGGAAACUGUUAUUUACGAGAACGAGACAAAGAAGCAAAACGUGUUGAUGGACAAAGCCAAAAACGAUGUUUUGUCAGCCAAAAAGAUGAUGGCAGACGUGGUGCAAGAAUGUAUUUGCAAUUUACGACAACACGAGAGGGCAAUGAAAGCCAAGUUUACUGAAAUAUGUGAAGCGCAACAAAAGCAUAAUAUUGCACGUCUAGAAAACUUUGAGGUCGCUCUUGCUCAAAUGAAAAGUUGCGUUGAACAAGGUAAAAAAAUCUUAGAAAGAAAUGUCAGCGCUGAAAUUCUGCAAACAAAUCAAAUCAUAGUCGAACGAUGUGAAGAACUUUUAAAUUCCAAAACACCUGAAAUUCAUGAGCCACCACUCGUGCGUUACAUACUUGAAAAUAAACUUAACAUUUUGGACUGCAUUGUGGUUAGUAACACAGAUCCUUCCCUAUCGUUAGUUAAAUUGGACAGUAACAUAGAAGUACUGGGAAACACAGAAGAAAAUUUUACCAUUGUAACCAGAGAUUCUCGUGGGUUGAAGUAUUAUCAGGAAGAUGAUCAAAUAAGAGUACACAUUUCAACGUCAGCAGGUGAUGAACUGGAAACGGAGAUAAAAGACACCAAAGACGGCAAGUACAGUAACAUACACUCCACAGUGUGUUGGACAACAUAGAGUAGAGAUCCAAGUUAAUGGACAGCCGCUGACUGGCAGUCCCUGGGUUGUCCAGGUAAUACCUCACCACUAUCAAUUUACGUUUCAGUUUGGAUCACACGGAAAAGAUCAAGGAACGUUUAACAGUCUUAGGGAUAUUGCCUUGAGUCAUCAAAGUAGGACACUUGCUGUCGCUGAUGUUGAAAAUAUGAGAAUUCAGAUGUUUACCUUGGAAGGAAAUUUCCUUAGGGAGAUCACACUAGAGAAUGAGCCCUGUUCAUUGGCUUUUACCAAAACUGGUGACCUCCUUGUCUCUAUCCCUUAUGACCACAAUAAACUUUCCCUUUACACUGAGGGUGGCCAAUUCAUUCGAUAUAUCAGCAAUGAACAUGUCAAAAAACCGUGGUACAUAUCUGUAGCUACUGAUGGUCGCAUAAUCACUUCUGACAAGGGUGACAAUACAAUCAAAGUUCUUAGCCCUGAUGGAAAAUACUUAAUUCAGUCGUUCAGUGCUCCUAGUUGUGAUGCAGAGCCACGGUGUAUUGUUUAUCACCAGGAUAAAUUCUUUGUCUCCUAUACUGAAGCUCAUCGUCUCGUCGUCUUCAACAGCGCAGGAAAUUAUCUAUAUGACAUUGGCAGCAAGGGAUCUGGUGCCGGACAAAUGACAGGACCUUGA